UCUUCUUCUUCGUCUUCUUCCACUACUUCGUUCUCUUUCUCUGUGCUAUUACUUCGCGAAUAUUCGAUUCUCACCUUCCGAGUUGAAGAAUCGUUCACUGAUUCGAAUCACCGAUCGAUCUUCAACUAUGCUUGACGGCUUACUCGGUCGUGGAUUCGCCGCGAAAUGUAAGUCGUUGAUUAAGUUGACGAAGAACCGGAUCGAUGUGAUAAGGAGGAAGAGGAAAGCGACGGAGAAGUUUUUGAAGAAGGAUAUUGGUGAUUUGUUAGUGAAUGGAUUGGACGUUAAUGCUUAUGGAAGGGCUGAAGGACUCAUUGCCGAGUUAACAUUGACAUCUUGUUAUGAUUUUGUUGAGUGGACCUGUGAUUUUGUGUUGAAGCACCUCUCAGUGCUGCAGAAACUGAGUGGAUGCCCUGAGGAAUGCAGAGAAGCUAUAGCUUGUCUGAUUAUUGCCGCAGCAAGAUUUUCUGAUCUACCAGAGUUACGUGACCUUCGGCAAAUAUUUCAGGAGAGAUACGGAAACUGUCUAGAUUGUUAUGUCAAUCAAGAGUUUGCUGCAAAUUUGAAUCCAAAGUCUUUUACCUUGGAGCAGAAGGUUCGCUUGAUGCAAGAGAUUUCUUCAGAGUUUCAAAUAAAGUGGGACUCCAAAGCUUUUGAACUGAGGAUGUCAAAAUCCUCUGCUAAGGGCCACAAUACUCAUAAAUCUGACCAUUCAGUUGGGAAACCAUUACAAGGCAAGGCUGAGAUUUUGUUAGAUAAAAGUCCUGAUCAAUCUAACGGUGGGCACAAAUAUCGGAAUGGUAAGGAAGCUGCUGUCUCAAAAGCAGAUGAAAAUUAUCUUCAUCCCAAAUCUAAGCUCCCUGAAAAAGGAUUCAAGCCAAUCACUAGGUAUGAUGAAGUCAAUCUACCGAGGGAUAGCCACGGCAAUCCGUUGCCAGGAAAAGAAGAGCUUACUUCUCAGAAAGGUGUCUAUUGGAAGGAGGGUAGUAUGCUAAAACCACCAAUUGGAUGUUCUUCUCAGGAUAAGAGAGUGCACCAAUUUGACGAUGGUUCUGAUUUACAUGAUAGAAAGGGGAAUACCACCCGUGUGAGAGAAACCCCGGACACUGCCACUGCUAGAAAGUCUCCAAGUCAUGCGGGAUUUCAUUCGAAGAGCAAUUUGAAUGAGCCAUUUGCUGUUAAUCAUGGUGGACUACCUGAUCUUGAUAACUCUCAGAGAAAAGUUCAAAAGGAUGAAACUCCUAAGGUAAAGCCGUACUACAGUAAUGGCAUCCCACCACCUUAUGUAAAACCUAAUUCUAAACUCAAGACGAGCACACAAAGAACUGAAUUAGCAUCUUCACAUAUUGACAACGAUGGCAUCCCAACAAAUCCUUCAAUACAUCAAAAGUCUGAUGCUGCUUCUACUACAGAGAGAAUCCGAUCCAGUUUGGAUAAUUCUGAACAGGAUGUGCAGGCCUCUAGACAUGCUCAACCGAGUAAACAGGAUUAUGAGAAAGAAUCUGCUGUUCUUGGAGAGGCCAGAGAAUUUCCUAUAUUAAAACAAAAAUCUACGAGGCGGAGGCACUCGAAAUCACGGUCUACACACAAUGAUGCCAAUAAAGAAGAUGCUGAAGCUGCGAGAAAAUCAAAGAGCAAGAGACGAGACGAAUCAAAACGUGGCCUACAAAUUUUGUUUGACGAUGAGAAACAUAAAAAAGAUGAAGAAGAAAGGGUAAUAGACAGAUUGCUGAUCCAUUAUAGCAAAAAGCCAACCAUCUCCAUGCCCGAGAAAGCAAGAAGAAGGUCUAAAAGUCGUCAUGCACACCAAAUGGAUGAUGGACCUGAUAAGACACCAGAUAUCAUCCCUCGUGCACCUCGAUCAGUUUCUCUUCCUCAUGAACAAUCACAAGAGAUGGAAAUCAACAAAGUGUUUACUCGAGCUGCUUCGUUUCAGCCCGAUAGAGCAAAAGAAGCUCGACAUGUGCAUCCCAACUUACCCGAUUAUGAUGAUUUAGCUGCUAGGCUUGCGGCCUUGAGAGGAACAUAAGGGAGAGAAAUAAUAUACAUGAAUAAAUACUCUUUUUUUACCAGCAUAAUUGUGUGAUCGUUGUGUUUUAAUCUGAUGUACUGUUAGGGUAUUGAUGAAGAUUUUACAUGGUGAUGUUUUGAUAAUUUGAUUAUAAAUGUUGACUAUUCUAGAGCUGAAAUAUUAUCAGUCAGCCAUGGCUAUGCCUAUGUUGGUGGUGUGCAAUUGUUCAGUCACCAUUUUUUUUUUAAACCUUGUAUGAGUGUAAAAGUGUUCUCGGCAGAAAUUGACGCCAUUCUAAUUUUCUACUCCAUUUUUACCAA